UGAGUUUAUACCUGUACUCUGCAGUCGUACGCAGUGGCUUAUCACGUAGCAUAGUGUGUGUAUAUUGUGAAAAUUAUUUUUAAGAAACAAAAUUGUUAGAAAGAUUUUUUCAUUGCCUUUAUAUUAAUUUACUAGUACUUUAUAAUUCUAUAACAUAAAGAGCUGUGUUUUAUAAUUAAUAUUAAUCAUUUUUCCAACAUUGUCAUUCAAUUCAAUCCAAACUUCUAUACAAAUUUUGACUUUGAUGGGGUUAUAACUCAAAGUUACAUUAGCGGUAAAUUUAACAUCUCGGUUAUUUUAUAAUUUAAACGAACUGUUUACUUUGAAUCAUUAAAACUUAUCAGAUAAUGCUCUAACAAUUAAUUCUUUACAGACUAAACUUUUUUUUGUAAAUAAAUCUUAGAUCUUCCAAACAUUGACAAGUUUAUAUAUUAGUUAUCUUAAAAAAAAAAAUAAAUAAAUAAAAAUAAUAAGAUACUGAAAUGAGUUCUGAAGAAAUAUCAAAAGUUGAAGAUUUCAGUUCAAUAAGACCAACGCCGAUAAAAAGAACACGCAAAAUGAAUUGUAGAUUGAGUAAUGAUGGAACUCUUAAUCUCGAAGAAACCUUACUAUCUUUUAAUGAACCAAUUGGACUGGAACAAGCGUGGGCAAUUUGUCAUCAAAGUGCAAAAUGUCUACUUCAACUUGGACCAAAUAAUCUUCAAGAAUUAACUCAAUUAAGUCAAAUUCUAUUACAUAAAGAUGGUCAUGUAUUGCUUGAUAUACCUCGAGACACUCAAGCAUCAUAUGCAUCUGAAAAAAAGGUCGUUUUUUCCCUUGGGAUGUUAAUAUUCAAGGCUUUGGAUUUUCGAUUAGAUCAAAAAGAAGAACGAAGAUUAUCCUUGGAUUUACAAAAUUUAAUAAAUAUAAUGACAGGCUGUGAUGAAGAAUAUGAACCUGAAGAAAGACUCCAUGAAACUGAUGAUGAAGGUAUUGGUCGUGAUUCCGAGGCUGAAUUAGAUGAACCACAUGAUAAUGGUUCAUAUACACCUAAUCGAGACUAUUGUAGUCUUAAAAAUGUCAUUCAGGUAUGUGUACGACAUGCACAAACAACAGAAGAUCAAGCUGACGUUCAUUAUAUGGCUGUAAUACGAGCAUUCGUUCAUGAGGCCCUUGAAUUGACACAAUUCCUCGAAAAAAUUGCUGUUGAAAGCUUCCAGGAUACUUCAAAUAAUAAAUUAUACAAUUCCGAAUGUAAACAUAUUGUUGCUUCACAACAAUUGGAUACUCUCAGUUACGACGAUUGGACUGACAUAAGGAUUUGGCGAGCGAUACAAGCUCGAUUUUGGGUUCAAGUGAUAGGCGAACUACGGCGUGGGAUUAAAUUAAAAAAAGUUGAAGAAAAUUUAGGAAAACGUGGUAAAACUUCUAGCAAAGGUCGUGGAUCAGAAUAUGAACUAACUCCUUAUGAAAUCCUCAUGAAUGACAUUAAAGAGCGAAGAUAUAAACUUAGAAAAACACCUCCACCAUCGAAACACGUGACAAAAGACGCACGUGCUACAGUCUUAGAAUUUAUUAGAAGUAGACCACCAUUAAAAAAAGCAUCGGAUAGGCAGUUACCACCCAGACGAAAACAAUCAACGAUGCGUGAAUUAUUGAUGGAAAGUAUCAAAAAACCUCCUAGACCUCUAAGAUCUUGUCGAGAACGACAGUUAAAUGAAAAAAAGCCAGAUUAUAUACAGCCUAUGGUGACCACAGAAUCUGGAGAUUUAGGAGUUAAAAAACAACCUAGAAAACUUAUUCCUGUUGAUUUCGAUCUGAAACUUGAUGGUGAAGAAGAUGAUGACGAUGAUGAUGAUGAAGACGACGAGUAUGCGGUGACUAGGUUUGAAGAUGAAGAUGAUCCUCCAUCAGAAAAUCAAAAUCAAAAAGCUAAAUGGUACGGCAAUAAAUCUCAUGUUGAUCUAGAUGAUGAUGAUGACAAAAGUUCUGCAAAUCCAUGGAAAAGAACAGGACGUUUACGUUUAACUCAAAAUGAAUAUCAUCGGUUUUGUGACGCUCAAUUAGAAUCCUACGACUUAGCAACUCAAUGUCCAUCAAGACGGGCUUCAGCACGAAAACACACGGGUCGAUGUAGUACAGCACCAUUUGCAGCAUUUGCGGGAACUUCUUCAGUGCCACAUUCCAGACCACACAGUCGACAACAUGCUGGGGUUUUGAAUCAUGACACUAAAAUGAGUUUAAAUCCUAGUCCUAAUACUAGUCCAAGUAUUAGUCCUCGUGCAAGAGAAAGAAUUCUAAUGAAAUCUCAUACUACAGUAGAGCCUGAUAGAAAUGAUCCAAGUACUGGACAAGCUGAAACUGAACGAAAACCAUCGCUUGGAGAUAUGUUUCUUGAUGAAAGGCUCUCUUUAACUCUUGAAGAAAUAGUCCAUAUCCGUAGUGUGUUAACAAAAGCUGAAUUGGAAUCUUUACCCGUUGAAGGCAGAGUAAAAGAAGACGUUGAAAAGAGGCGUGUUUGUUUUCUGUGUUUAAAAACUCGCUUUGGAAUUCUCGGUCCUUGGGGACAACGAUGCCGAUUAUGUGAAAGAACUGUCUGCGUGAAAUGUUAUUCUAAGAUGCGAAUUCCAACAGAACACUUUGCCCAUGUGCCUGUGGUUUUACUUUCACCUGGGCUAUUACUUUCACCAUCAAAUUCAGAACCAGAUUCUACACGUAGCCCAUGGCCUAGACCUGGUGGUGCAAUUGGUUCAGCGCCAGCUUCUCCAGCUCAUCGACGUCGAGAUCCUUUAUUAAGUAAUGCAACUCCUCUAUCUACUCCGAAUCCUGGUACUCCAGCUGACAAUCUUACUCCUGGAUCUACACCAACAUCCAUUGGACGAAGAGAUGAUCUUUUGUUAGAUAAGAGUAGGUAUCCAAAAGUUGGUGGGAGUCCAAGCAGAAUGACGAGUAGUGCUAUAGGAAAUCUUGGUUCAGGUAUUGGAACAGAACAACGUUUAAUAGCAGAACGUCUUCGAGGAGUAUCUAUGGUAGUCUGUCAUGACUGUCGAAUUAUGGUAAUUCAAAUUAUAAAAAGUUCACGCAGUACUCGCGCAACAAUACGCAACAAUGUAAUAUCACGACUCACACUUAAUCUGUCACCAGCGUACGUUUAAACGAAUAUUAAUCGAUUCAAAACUCAUUCUUGUAGUAUAGGUAGGUGUUACGAUAAUAUUUAAAAUACAUUAUGGCGAUAUUGUAGGUAUUCCAUGGGGCCCAAAGUACGAAGUAUUACUGUAUGGGUAAAAAUUUUUUUUCUCAAUAAUUAAGAAAGAUAAAUUAUUGUCAAAGUAAUAUAAAUUUAUUCAUACGUAUAGAAAUAUUAAAUUAUUUAAUGACUACCAUUCUGAAAAUGAAUGAUAGUUGAUGGCCUAAUUGGUACAUACUUAAAAUGUCACAAAAGAAACGACUACUAGAGUACAAUCUAACUAAAUAAGUCAAUUCACACGACAUACAAUUAUUUAUCAUUAUUUUAAUUAUAUUGUUAUCUUUAAUUGAAUAAAUUGUUAGUGCUUUCUUCGACGAUUCGAAUAAUUUGUAUAAUCUUAUAAAAAUGAACUAUUUACAAGAAUCAUAAAUAAGAGUGAUAUAUUUCUAACUGUAGAGAAAAAUUAUUUUAUUAUCAUUCUCAUUUAUCAUAUUUUUAUUGUAGUUAUUGAGUAUGUUAAACAAAAAAACAACUGAAAAAAUUUAAAUAAUAUAGGAGAAAAUUUAUAAUAAUGGGAAAAAAUUACACGUUAAAAAACAAUGAAAUCUAACAUUACAAUAAGAAUGAAAAUGAAAUGAAAGUUAACGUGAUAGCCCUUAAAUAGUUUCUGGUUGAUCCGGUAUCUAUAUAAAUAUGUAAUGUUGAUCAUUCACAAUGGGCUAAAUAAUAGAUAAUGGAAUUGUCAAGUUGACGUAGUUCCACGCAAUAGGAUUGAGCAUACCUAUUCUUAAUAUCUUGUUGUCAUAACAUCAAAAUUUUUUAUAAUAUUAGUAAACAAUUUAACAAUCUGCAGUCAGUAGAAGAGAAUUAUGUUGAAAAUUAUCAGAGUAAAUUCCAAGUAGUUAAAUAUGUCUAUAAUAAUAUAAGAUAAUUAAUUAUCAGUAGUUCAGUUAGAUAAUGCAAAUAUUUCUUUUGCGUGGUACUGUAAAAAUUUUUGACGGAUAUGGGCAGGCCCCAUCUAAUAUUAUUAAUUAAUGUAAAUCGCCGUUGACUGAAUGCAAAGAAAAUGAUGCGUAUAUAUCAUGUAGCUAAGAGAAAAAAAAAACAAAUAGAAAAACGUAUGAGCAUUUAACCAACAUUUCGUUAAUAAAUAAUUUAAUGUUUGCUGUAUAUUAAUUAAGUAUAAACAUUACCAUUUCUCUUGCUGUCUGAGCCCAGUAUAAAUAAUAAUGACCACUAUAAUAGUUGAUGAUAAUAAAGAUAGAUUUUUGAUUCGAGCGAUAAAAAAUUCAAAGAAAUAUGUAUACAUAUAUGUUUAUCAUUAAAUGAUUUUUUAUUAUAUACAUUUUUGAAAUAAUCAAGCAGUAUGGCGUUGAACUAAUCAACUAGUUAAUAAUGUUUGUUUAUAUUUAUUGAUUUUAAUGUGUCAAUAUUUCAUUGAUAAUUUUUUAAGUAAUUUAUUAUCUGUGUCAUAAUUGUUAUUUAUUAAUUUAUCUCUGUAAUUAUUCUAUAAAAUUGCAACUUAUUUAGCGAAAAAAAUCUAUUAUAUAUUUUUGAUGACUUUUAGUUGAUUUUCAACAUAUUAUUGAAUCUUUAAUUGGUUGAGAAUAUUCAUGAUCCCCUCUGAAAAUAUUACUACUGCUUAAAUAAAAAAAUAAGUUUCUGAUUAAGAAAUAAUUGAAAUACGUAUCAAAAAUACUUUACGAUUAAACAUCAGAUAAUCAACUGAUCGCAUCUACGUUCUACUACAUCUAAAAUUGUAUUAUAAACAAGAGGGAUAAUGUUAAUAUAUUAUUAUACAUAAU